CGCCUCCUCUCCAGAACGCGCUCGCUUGCAACAGUCAGUGGGAUAGAUUCACGUCGCUCACAGAGAGACCGAUCGCGUCAUUUUGAGAUAAAUAAAGCGCUAAAUUGUUGUUAGAGAGAGAUCAACAGAACCGGCAGCGGUCAGAGGGAGGUUGACAGACACGGGAGCGCGCGCUGAUGGACGAGAUUCAGCAGGGAAUCGGCGCGUACGGCGCGGGCAGAGCCGGCGGAGCGUUCGACCUGCUCACGUUCAUCCAGCAGCCGCACACCGGCCUCAGGAUCGUGUCGUGGCUUUUUUCACUGGUGAUCUUCGGCUGCGUGUCGAAUGAGGGCUACAUCAACAGACCUGAUGAAGUCAAGGAGUUCUGCAUCUUCAAUCGGAAUCAGAACGCCUGUAACUAUGCGGUGGGCAUGGGCUCGCUGGCCUUUCUCAGCUGCAUGCUCUUCCUGGCCUUAGACGUGUAUUUCCCUCAGAUCAGCAGUGUUAAAGAUCGAAAGAAAGCCGUGCUGGCAGACGUGGGCACGUCAGCGUUCUGGUCCUUCAUGUGGUUCGUUGGUUUUUGUUUUCUGGCCAAUCAGUGGCAGGUGUCUAAACCAGACAACAACCCACUGCAGGAAGGUGGAGACGCGGCGCGAGCGGCCAUCGCCUUCUCGUUCUUCUCCAUCUUCACCUGGGCCGGGCAGGCCUUCCUAGCGUUUCAGAGGUAUAAAUUGGGGGCCGACUCAGCUCUUUUCUCCCAGGACUACACCGACCCAAGUGAAGACGCCGCCGCCGCUGUUCCAUACAGCUCUUACAGCGCUGCAGAUGAUCUGGAGAGUCCGGGAGGAACCGGAUCCUACCAGCAAAGCACUGAGGGCAUCUAUGAUGGGUCAGCAGGGUACCAGCGGCAGGAGUACUGAACCGGUGGGAGGGGUCACAGGGUAGAGGAGCAUCAAUUACACAAAUAACACAUGUUAAUUGACUGCAUUACAAAUGUGAUUGAAAGACAAACGACUAUGACACAGUUCCAGGUUUGUUGAGAAAUGAGAUAAAGAUGUGUGGUGUACGCUGAGAGAUAGAGUUUGUGAAGAAUCAAACACUCUAAUCCAUUAUUCACUUCACUGUAAACAGUGUUAAACCCAUAAAGGCUUCAUCUACAUCGUGUUCAAGACACAAAUAUUAUUUAGGGAGCCAUCAUGACUGCAUUAGUUUGCAUCAACAGACGUCAUUUCAGGGUGUCAGAUCUAGUACAAAUAAAUCUUUACACACACAUGGUUCUCUUUGUUUCAUGAUUGUACCAUAAUUUGUAUAAAAGAAGAAAUGAAACUACAUGUUACUGUAAUAGAAUAUGUGCGCAAAUACUGUAGAGUAAUUCCCCUCAGAUUUAUUCCAGAAAAGUCCACAGUGAAGUGUAGCUGUUUGUGUGGAGAGAUGUUUCUCGUGUGAUCUUCAGCUCCAGAGCAUGAUGACCGUCACAUUUAUUCAUCUGAACCAAACAUGUCUUAAAGAUCUAAAUGACAUCCACAAAUAAACACCACCACCCUCUCUCUCUUUCUGUAGCGUGUGCGCGCAUGUUUUUAAUGGAUCUUUGAGCAUCUUUGAGUAAUUGUACUCUUCUGAAGUUCAGACACUAAAGACACAUCAAUAUCUGCCAGUAGCUGCUGUAUGUAAAACUCCUUAUAUAACCUCUAUAAAUGUUCAGAAAUAAAAAUAAAGGUUUUAUGUUUUGGCAUUAUAUGUCUUUAAAAUG